UGAGCGGGUGUGCGCGCUGCUUCCGGUGUGGGUGACGAGCAGUGGCCGAACAGGGGGACAUCAAGGGGCGCUCAGGCAGGGACCAUGGCGGACGGCGGCUCGGAGCGGGCAGAUGGGCGCAUCGUCAAGAUGGAGGUGGACUACAGCGCCACGGUGGACCAGCGUCUGCCCGAGUGCGAGAAGCUGGCCAAGGAAGGAAGACUUCAAGAAGUCAUUGAAACUCUUCUCUCUUUGGAAAAACAGACCCGUACUGCUUCUGAUAUGGUGUCUACCUCCCGUAUCUUAGUUGCAGUAGUGAAGAUGUGCUAUGAGGCUAAAGAAUGGGAUUUACUUAAUGAAAAUAUUAUGCUUUUGUCAAAAAGGCGGAGUCAGUUAAAACAAGCUGUUGCAAAAAUGGUACAGCAGUGCUGUACUUACGUCGAGGAAAUCACAGAUCUUCCAAUCAAGCUUCGAUUAAUCGAUACUCUACGAAUGGUGACAGAAGGAAAGAUUUAUGUUGAAAUAGAGCGUGCUCGACUGACUAAAACAUUAGCAACUAUAAAAGAACAAAAUGGUGAUGUGAAGGAGGCAGCCUCCAUUUUACAAGAAUUACAGGUGGAAACCUACGGGUCAAUGGAAAAGAAAGAGCGAGUGGAAUUUAUUUUGGAGCAAAUGAGGCUCUGCCUAGCUGUGAAGGAUUAUAUUCGCACACAAAUCAUCAGCAAGAAAAUUAAUACCAAGUUUUUCCAGGAAGAAAAUACAGAGAAAUUAAAGUUGAAAUACUAUAACUUAAUGAUUCAACUGGAUCAGCAUGAGGGCUCCUAUUUGUCUAUUUGUAAGCACUACAGAGCAAUAUAUGACACUCCUUGUAUACAAGCAGAAAGUGAAAAGUGGCAACAGGCUCUGAAAAGUGUUGUCCUUUAUGUUAUCUUGGCUCCUUUUGACAACGAACAGUCAGAUUUGGUUCAUCGAAUAAGUGGUGAUAAGAAGUUAGAAGAAAUUCCUAAAUACAAGGAUCUUUUAAAACUUUUUACCACAAUGGAGUUGAUGCGUUGGUCCACACUUGUUGAAGACUAUGGAAUGGAAUUAAGAAAAGGUUCUUUGGAGAGUCCGGCAACUGAUGUUUUUGGCUAUACAGAGGAAGGUGAAAAAAGGUGGAAAGACUUGAAGAACAGAGUUGUUGAACAUAAUAUUAGAAUAAUGGCCAAGUAUUAUACAAGGAUAACAAUGAAGAGGAUGGCACAACUCCUGGAUCUGUCUGUUGAUGAGUCAGAGGCUUUUCUCUCGAAUCUGGUAGUUAACAAGACCAUCUUUGCUAAAGUAGACAGGUUGGCAGGAAUUAUCAACUUCCAGAGACCCAAGGAUCCAAAUAAUUUAUUAAAUGACUGGUCUCAGAAACUGAACUCAUUGAUGUCUCUAGUUAACAAAACUACACACCUCAUAGCCAAAGAGGAGAUGAUACAUAAUCUACAAUAAGGGCCCCAAUGCCCCUAAUACUUUUAGGAAAGAGUUAAAAUUGGAAAUUAUUAAAAAAAAAAAAAAAGGACUCUUAUGGUGUAUAUGUUGGGGUUGGUGUUUUCUAUUCUCAGCUCCUUGUCUAAAAUUUAAAACAUAGUGAAUAAGUUUGAGUCCCCUUUCAACCUUUCAAUUCAUGAUUUCAUUGUUAACUUUGCAUUUUCGAUUGAUGCAAAACUGUAUUACGUUUCUAUUGUCUCAGUACUCAAAAAUUGUGUCAUAACUUACCCAGAUACAUUUUUCUAUUAUUUGAAGUCUUUUUAGCUAUUAUUUGUUUCCAUUCAACUAACAACCCUAAUUAUGACAAUAAAAGCAGUAUAUGCACGUUUACUUUCUAUGGUUACCUGUGUUCUGAACAUUUUGUGGAAUAGUGAUUUGACAAGUGUUUUUUAAAUAAAAUAAAUUUUGUUGUAAACCUAUCAAUUAUUUGGUAGAACUUAAAAAGCAAAGGAGGACAUAAAAACAUUUGGGCUAGAGUUGUAAUUUGUGAAGAUUUUGCGUUUUGGUAUUGUGGCAGAAAGUUCCUAGAUGAACUGGAUAGAGUGAUCCCAAAUCUAUCUACUACUUUUUCUUUUUUGCACAAACCGGUUUCCAUUAUAGUAGCUUGAUUUUUCACUCCUGUCCCCUGACUCAGCCAGUUGUUGAACAAAAUCAAGUUCCAAGGUGUUGACACAAUUUAACAUACAAAGUCAUUUUUAAUCUUCUCUGUGGCUUUAAUUUUAUAGAUUCAAUUACAUCAUUGGCUCCAAAUUCAUUAUCUCUUUAUGGGAACUAUAAUUGUAUUACACGAACACUGGAUAAACAACCUAAAAAUGUUUUUUAAAGGUCUACAAUAAAGACUUCAGGCCACCCUCUUAGCAAAUGAUAUAAUAUUGACACUUUUAGAAUAGAAUUGAACAAAAGUAGUAUUACUGUCAAGCAAAACAUUUGAGAUCAAUUAAUGAGCAAAUUUUGAAAAGUUGAUUUAUUCCAGAGAAGACAAAAAAAUGAAACAAUGUUAGAAGUUUAUUUAAAACGAUGUUUAAAUGAAGAAAGUGUGAGGUCUGCUUUUUAAAAAAAACCUAAUUGUGGGGUGGGGGGGAAGUAUUUUGCUAACAGCAUUUCUCAGAAUUUGUUUUCCACUUAAUCGUCACUGAAUUGUCCUAUUUCAUGAUCCCAGGAUUGGAGACAAUUGUGGGACCUUAACUAUUUAUGCUGAAUCAUUGUGAACAGUAACACAUUAUUAGUCUAAUUUUAUUCAUUGGAAAUUUAAUGUGUUAGUCACAUUUAUAACAUUGACAUCUGCUAUCACUUUUAAAAAACUAACCAAAACCAUGGCAAGUUCAGAAACAUCAGAAUUUCACACUAGCAGAACAAAUAUGCUUUUAAUUUUCUUUUGAAUUAAAAGGAUAGAGAAUAAAAUCAUUUUGCAUUGUUAAAUUGUAAGUAAAGUUGCUGCUAAUUUGAAUUUGCUUCUCAUUAACUUCAUCAUUCUAGGGAUUCAUCUCCCUUAUCCUUGCCAAACUUGAAUAUUUGGCCAAAAUAUUUCUGUAAAGAUCUCAAAUGCAAUUCCUCUUUGUUCUUGAUUUAACAUACUCAGUCUUAGCUCUGUGUAUUCUGUAUUGUAACUGUCCCUGUGACCAUAUUACACUUGAUUGCUCUUCUAGUUCUUGUUUUUUUCUGUUAAAAUAUUAAUCAAGCAAACUUAAGAGUUAUUUGCCAAUUUCUUAGUGUUAUAAAAAAGAAUUAGCAUAGAGUGGUAAGACAUUUGAGAUGUUCAGAACCUAGAAUCUGUCUUACAUUUCAGAGCUAGUGCUGGAUAGAACCAUUUUGUUUCAAAUAUGGAGGAGAUAAUACUUGACUCAUUUUCAUUAGUUUACUAACCAGCGAACUUUCACUUUUGUUUUUAGUGAAAAACUUGUACCCAUUUAUUUGUAUAUAAUUUAUUUUAGAAUUUUUUAGCUGUUUCUGUAAUUGUCCGCAAUUUCUACAUAAUGAGUCAUUGAAAAGCUCAUCUUUAAAAUUAAUACAUCUCCAUCCUAUCUUUAUGAGUGUUAAAUGUAUGGUCAAAAAGUAAAUAUUUUAAAUUGUUUUCAGCUCCUGGAUAUAACAGCAAUAAGAACACUAAUUUGUGGGUAUUUAAGAAAGCCUGGAGAAUAAACUCAUAUUUUAAAAGAUCAAUUCUCUUUUCAAUUCUCUUACAAAAAAAACAUAAUUUUCAUUUUUGUUUUUACAAAAUCAUCUGUUACUUCUAAACCUGCUUUUAAGCAGUGAAAUAACAUUUUGAAUGUUUCAAGAGUCAAUUGACUUUUCUCCCUGAAGUCUUUCUGAUUUGGGGUUGUUGUUAGUAGAGCCUAGUGCUCUUUACCAGUGGUUCUCCAACUUAGUGCAAUCAAGAUCACCAGCAGGGCUCCUUAGGGCACAUAACUGGACCCCACUGCCAGGUGUUCUGAUUCAGGAGGUGUGGGUGGGGCUCCAGAAAAUUCCUUUCUGCCAAGCCCUCAGAUGAUGUGGUGCUGCUGUUCCAAUGGGCCACUAUUGGAAACACUAGUAAAGCUACAGAAACACUUUGGUGGUAUAAAAGAUUUUUUAUGAGAAAAUAAUGAUCUUGAACAUGUGUGAAGAAACUUUGAAAUGCUUUUAGUAUGUUUUGGUUUCUUCAAUAUAGCAACCUUCUGUGUAAGUGAACAACUAAGCUAAAUGAAAAAUAUUUGAAGCUGCCCACUUUUUAAAAAUUAAACACUGUUGAAUCUUUUGAAAAGUAACUUUUCCAUUCCAAAUUUAAAUUCAAUCAUUCUGGAUCAGAUCAAUCUAAAUUUGGGCUAAUGUGAUAGAAAUACUUUGUAAAUUAUGGAUUUCUUUUCUCAUACAAGAAUAUGUAUGUGAUAUAAAAUAAAGCUAAACUUAAGGGCCUCCCUGGUGGCCUA